AUGGCUCCAUCACAAUCACCAGCUGCCUCAGUCACGCACCAAUCACCCUCAGCAGCAGCAGGAGCAGCAGCAGCAGGAGGAGCGCAAUGGCCAUACCCCUCCCCAUCCCCCACGACAGGGACAGCCGGCGCUGACCCAGCCCAUCCCUUCCGCUGCGCACACUGCUCAAAAGGCUUCACGAGAUCAGAACAUCUCAUCCGACAUACACGAACCCAUACGUCUGAGAAACCCUUCGUGUGUCCGAUAUGUGAGUUGAGGUUUGGGCGGAAAGAUUUGAUGAAACGACAUUUGAAGAAUAUUCAUCGG